AUGAAUAGCUCUACACUGAACUUCAGCAUGCAUGAAGAAUCUACAAACUCCACAAAUGUUUCUUUUGGGCUGUCCAGUUGGGGCAUGUUGGAGAGUUCUCUGUUUUGCUUCAAUUUGCUGUUUGGUUUUCCAACGCACUCCUAUAUUGUAUGGCUAAUCAUAACUGGAACAGGAAGUGGAGUUGCAUCAGAGUUCUUCAUCCUUAAUCUCUCUGUUUGUGAGACUGCUUACAGUCUGAGUGCUAUUUUCCAUUUACUGUCAUUUUUCUUUUCAAAACUCAUGAUAAGACAACAUUUUUUUCAAGGAUUCGCCAUCACUGGUCGUCCUCUGUUUCAGUGUCUGAUCUGUAUUGAGCGUUACCUGGCAGUGCUUCAUCCUGUAACCUUUCUGAAGUACAAACCUCUCAGAUAUAGAGUGAUCUGCUGCACUGUGGUCUGGAUAAUGACUUUUGGAUCCUGUUUGCUCACAAUGUUCAUUUCAAAGAAUGUUACAGCGCACACAUGGUUCUUCUCAACACAGUAUCUAUUCUUCCUCUCCAUUCAUUUGUUUUGUCUUGUGGCUGUUCUCAGAGCUCUGAAGCAGUCAGGACCAGGAGAGAGAAUGAGAGAGAGAGAAGAGGACAACCACAUCAAGAGAAGAGCAUUUUAUCUCAUUCUAAUAAUUACAGUAAGCAUGAAAAGUGAGAAUCUCCUCACUGAUGGUGGCAUUGCUGCUGGAGCAGGUGAACAAUGUUGUUAUGGCUUCCACAAUGACAGAUGGGUCCUCUACGACUGCAUCAGAGACCUCUACAGGUUGGUAGUGGGAGGUCCACUUCAGUUCAGUACCUGUCCUCCAGCAUAG